UCACUUGUGGUCUUUAUUUAAAAUUUAUUAAGUAUCAGAAAAUAGUUUUCUUACAACAAUGUUGAGUGUUAGCGAACAGAUAACACCCGACAACACACAAAACUCUCUUUGCAGGUUCCUGUAAUUUUAUACUUGGAAAAUUGGAAGCAAUAAUUGCACUAAUUCAUACCACAAAAUGUUCCUACCGAUAAUAGUCGCCCUAUUUCUUCUCCUAACUACCUUAUACAUCUACAGUAAAAAACCGAAUCCACCAAAAAUAUUCAACGUAUAUUCACAACCGGGCAAAUGGUUUUACAUAAAAUUUGCGGCUUUCUACCUCCUCCUAUGGACAAGACGACUCAAAACUGUAUUACGUAAAGGAACUCCCGACCAUGAAUUAGAAAAACUGAAACCGUUAUCCGACCAUGAAAAGGCAUUUGAUGCAACAUUUUUUCAAGCCGUUUCCCAAAAUGGUUUCUAUUUUUGCGGUGGCAUCGAACGACGACAUCAAGCUAAAGCCAAUGGAUUAUUCUACAUAGCGGUACCGGAAUUGGGACUACUAGAAAGUGAGAAAUUACCAAGUACUUUGCUCGAAUCUGARCCGGGGUCAGUUUUACUACUUAAAGAAUACAGCGCAGAGGGGAUUUCAUUCYCGCCCGUGGAGCCAAUGAAAAASUGGCAUGUGGRUUUCAAGGGAAAAAUGAGAAUCCAAAAAGAACCCCAGAAAUUUGUUAGCGUUGAUCUGAACGGAGACUGGACUUCAAAUUUGCCUUACUUUCUUUUUGAGACUGAUAUAAAUCUCAAAUGUAUGGCAAAAGCUAUAGCUAGGGAGACCUGGAAUAAGGAGCGAUUUGAAGCCUUAAAAUCUGCCCACCAAACCCACUACGAGCAAAUGGGUUAUUUUAACGGGACCCUGAAAGUUGGGAAUAAGACAUAUACAUUAAAAAUGGAUGCUUUUCGAGACCAUAGUUUCGGUUACAAAAGAGACUGGACUUUGAUACAUCGAUACGCUUUUCACAUGUUGUACUUAAAAAAUGGCACYAGAGUSUCUCUUGGUGUGGUAAGUCAACCUUGCACAACGUCGCUCUUGGAAAUGGGUUACGUAGUCUUACCUGACAAGUCAAUCCAUAGUAUCGAUUCCUGCGACUUACUUCUAUACCAACAUGGUGAAAAUGGCACUCCAGGGACGAAUUACGCUUUCUCGUUUACUGCAAAUAAUGAGACUUACGAUGCGAGAAUUAAAGUAAUUUAUGAAUCGGUCCAUUUUAAAGGCAACAAUAUUGAAGCACGACUGAUUGAACGAUUUAUCGAGUGCGAAGUGAAUGGAAUACCGGGAAAAGGUGUCUCUGAAUGGCAAUACAACAAUAUGAAAAACCUUCAUAAAAUAUAAAAAAAUAUUCUUAUUUAAACUCACAAAAAUAAAAUUCGGAAAAUAUAAA